UGGAUGCACUUCGCGAGGUAAUUGACGAUAAUUACCACACGCGUCAGUUACGUUACGGCAAAAAAUACGCUGCACGCACGACUGGUUUGUGAUUUCUGCGCUGUCCCCGGCGGUCCCGCGCGAAUGAUCUCGUGCCUCGGACACCGCGGGAGCACGCUCGGGAAAUACGACGGAGAUGGACGUACCAGGGUUUAAGGUAUUUCCAGGUAACUCGCCGCGAUAGCGUGACGUGACGGAGGAUUAUCCCCCUCGGAGAGUAGUGCCCCGGUCCCAUUCUCGGUGAAGUCUGCUCCAACGUCCUGACGACUCGUGAGUUGUCGCUUCGAAAAUGUCCGUGACCUUCGCGCAACGCGGCAGGCCACCUCCGAAUCCUAGCCAGAUACAAAAGAUGCUCGAUGAGAAUAGCCAACUUAUACAGAUGAUUCAGGAGUAUCAGAACAAGGGCAAGGCACAGGAAUGCAUACAGUACCAACAAAUGUUACAUCGCAACUUGGUGUAUCUGGCGUCUAUCGCUGAUGUAAACCAGAAUCUUCAGAAUUUAUUGCCUGUACCUCAAGGUAUUCCCAAUGGUCCUCAGCAUGGGAUGAUGAGCCCACAAGGGCUUCCAAGUGGUCCGGGUGGUGCAGCUGGUCCCGGAGGAGAAAUGCCGCCAAAUACGCAACCAACAAUGCCAAUGUCGACAUUCAAUCAAGGCCAACCAAUGGCACAAGGUUAUCGUGGACCUGUGAUGCCUGGACAAGGACCUGCGAUAAAUAGGCCUCCAACCGCACCGGGUCCGCAGCAGUAUAGAGGUCCACAAGGUUAUCCUCAGCAACCUUCUCAACAAGGUUAUCCUGCUCAAUAUACUGGUCAGAAUCCUGCCUCGAACUACCAAGGUCCACAAGGAUCCGCGUACACUCCCGGUCAACCAAAUCAGUACGGACCGCCGAACGCUUCUCAGCAGCAAGGAUAUAGUGCAGCGACGCAGCCAAAUUAUGGUCCUCCAACUACGGUGAACAGUUACGGUCCACAACCAGGUGGUUAUCCGCCACCGGGCACGCCUCAACCACCUUCCGGAUAUGGGCCACCACCGCCAAAUCAGCAAGGCUAUCCGCCUUCGAAUGCCUCGCAGCAGAAUUUCUCAUCAGGUAGUCAACAACAACAACCAGGACAAUACGGCAGUCCUAGUCCACAACCAAAUUAUCAGCAGCCUCCGUCCCAAGCGCCACCUCAAAACGCGUACGGUGCUGGACAGCCCGGAAAUUAUCCCCCUCCUUCCUCGCAGACAUACGCGAACAAUGUACCACCGCAAAAUUACCCACCACCUCCGACAACUAGCGCGACUCAGCCCCCGCAACCUGGAUCUCAGCAAAACGCGGGUCCCCAGCCCACGUAUGUUAGCCAACCGAGUCCAGGUCCUGGCGCGACGCAGUACGGUCCCACCUCUACAUCUCCGCCAUUUAGCACUUCCUCCGCGAGCGGCAAUACUUACGCCCAAAGCAGUCAGCCGACAAGCACACCGUCUGCCUCGACGCAGACGUAUCCGCCGAAUAGCGGUCCGCCACCGACGUCGCAGGGCGGAAGCUAUGCACCCCCGGUGCCGCCGGCCCCCUCUGGAUAUCCCGUUCAUCAAACACCACAUCCGACAUCGCACCCCCCGCAUCCACCGCCACCGCAUCAGUCACCACAUCAACCACCGCACGCCCCGCAUCAGCCACCUCACCAGCCAACUCAUCAGUCAUCCCAUCAACCACCCUCGCAUCAAUCACCACACCAGCCACCGCAACAAUCUCAGCAACAGUCGCAAACAGCUCCGCAGACACAACAGCAACCGUCUCAGAGUCCAGCUCCGAGUGGAUUUCAGCCGCCGUCUGGUCCACCGCAGGGUCCCGCCCCACCACCAGGCCCUCAACAACAACCUGGUUACGGACCCACUACGACGCAAACAUAUGUGCCACCGACUCCAGGAGGGCAACCACAGAUUUACAGUCCGCAUCCGCCACAAGGGGGACAACACUAUGGACAUCCUCAGUAUCCUCCUCAAAGUUACCCUCCACCGCCAGCAGGACAAGGAUAUCCACAGUAUCCGCCACGACCACCUGGUGGACACAUGCCUCCUCCACCUGGACCACAAGGACCACCACCACCUAAUCAAUACGGAGGUUACGGUUAUCAGCCACCCACACAAUAAAAUACAUCAGUAACUCCCAGAUUUACGUAAAGUUUAGAUUGAUACGGAUAUCAAGAAUAAUUUUGUUUAUGUUUUUAAUUACUUUAUUAUGUAUUUUUUUUAUGUUAAUAAUGUACUUUCAUCGCAUAGUGUAAAUUCACAAUAUUUAUCUAGACAUUGUGAAUAUC